AUGUCCUGCUCCAGCCUGUGUGCUCCUGCCUGCGGUGUGGCCGCCCCAGCCCCACUGGCUAACAGCUGUAAUGAGCCCUGUGUGCGCCAGUGCCCCGACUCCACCGUGGUGAUCCAACCCCCGGCCACCGUGGUCACCUUCCCCGGGCCCAUCCUCAGCUCCUUCCCACAGAACGCUGUGGUCGGCUCAGCAGGAGUCCCUGCCAUUGGAUCGGGCUUGGGUGGCACCUUUGGACGUAGUGCCGGCUUUGGGGGCUAUGGAGGCUUUGGGGGCUAUGGAGGCUCUUAUGGCCUUGGGGGCUUUGGGGGCUAUGGAGGCUUUGGUAGCUGCGGAUAUGGUGGCUGGCGUCGAGGCCACAGGUACCUCAGCGGCAGCUGCGGGCCCUGCUAA